ACAUAAAAUUGAUCUUCAGAAAUGGCGGCCUUGAAGAAAAUUGCUGUCUUGCAGGCAGCACUGCUGGUCCUUACAGGACUGGCUGUGUCUGCAAAAGCUGAUAGGUUGGAUUUCUUCAAGCUCCUCACUUCCAACAAUCAAAAAUCUGUGGAUGGUUACAAAAGACCAGAUAUUCCAGCGUGCUGCGAUAAGUGCAUCUGCACGAAGAGCAUACCACCGCAGUGCAGAUGCACUGACGUCUUUAUCGGCGACAAGCGGUGCAAGAACUGUCAAUGGUGCAUAUGCAAUCUCAGCAUCCCACCGCAGUGUCAGUGCCUUGAUAUUAAGGACUACUGCGAUCCACCAUGCUCAUCCUCCUCCUCCACCACUCAGAUCAUCAAACAAGUGGCUGCCUGAUCCACAUGAUCAGAGACUAAUAAAUCCAACGUUAUUUUAUAUAUAUCUAUGUUAUGUAUCAUGCCACAUGAUCGUGUGCUCC